ACAACCCUAAGUAAUCUCACAGUUCUGGAGGCCAGAAGGCUGCCUGAGCUAAAACCAGGGGUGACAAAGCCAUGCCCCUUUCUGGAGGUGCUAGCGAGUCCUUGCUGUGCUGUUCUUAGCCUCUGCCUUGACAAACGGCAUACUGGAAUCACCCCAUUCUUUUCUCCUCUCACCGCAAGCCCCGUCCUUCUGCAAGUGCUGCUGGCUCUCCCUCCAAAGUGCAUCCCGAACCCCUUCAGGUCUCUGCUCCCCCAGCACAUACUGGGGGGCACCCCAGCUCCACACUCAGCCCCUGACACCCCACAGAAUAAAGCCCUGCUCCUUACAGAGGAACCGGCCAAGUGUAUCUCCUCCCACCUCCGCCCUCACUUGGCCCAGUUUCACCGCCUUCUCUCUGGUCUUCACGGUGCAAACCCCUCUCGAGUCAGGGAACAAGCUCUUGCUGCUCCUUCUGCUUGGCAACACCCGCCCCCCCAGCAUGCAUGGGGUAGGUCCUCCCGUCACCGGGCUCAGCCCUCUGUCCCCUCCUCCAAGAAGCUCAGCCUGAUGCCUGCAACUAAUCUUGCCCCCACCUGUGUCAUUCCCCAUCUGUCACCUUGCACUGUUCCAGCACAGUGCUCGCUACCUCCAGCAGUUACCAGUGUACUUAUUUGGAGACCAUCUCUCUCUAGAAACUCAACUCCAGAAGUACAGGGUUGAGAUCUGUCCCAGCACAGCCGCCUGCAUGUGGGAGCGUUGAGGGAAGGAAGAAAGGAAAGAUGGAUGGACGGGCAGACAGACAGCUCCCACAGGACUCCCCUCAUCCCCACCCACACAAGCUCUUUCCCAGAAUGUCAUUUUCCUCUGUCUUUGAUGGCAACGCUAAAGCAGCACUGAGAAGCGGUAUCACUCGGUGAAGUGCCUGUGAAGGAUUAUUCCCACGCCUCCCAGGGCUGCUGGCAGGCUUUGCCACAGGAGACGGGUUCCAAUUUUAGGCCCCAGAGGGAUGUAAAGGCCCAAAAUGACCCUGCUACCGGGAGACAAUUCGGACUACGACUACAGCGCCCUGAGCUGCACCUCGGAUGCCUCCCUCCACCCCGCCUUCCUCCCGCAGAGCCAGGCGCUCAAGGGCGUGUUCUACCGCCGGGCACAGCGGCUGCACCCGCAGGACACCCCGCACCCCGGCCCCCCGGGCCCCGCCGACCGUCGGCGGCAGAUCAUCAUCAACGUAGGCGGCAUCAAGUACUCGCUGCCCUGGACCACGCUGGACGAGUUCCCCAUGACGCGGCUGGGCCAGCUCAAGGCCUGCACCAACUUCGACGACAUCCUCAACGUGUGCGAUGAUUACGACGUGACCUGCAACGAGUUCUUCUUCGACCGCAACCCGGGGGCCUUCGGCACCAUCCUCACCUUCCUGCGCGCCGGGAAGCUGCGGCUGCUGCGCGAGAUGUGCGCGCUGUCCUUCCAGGAGGAGCUGCUCUACUGGGGCAUCGCCGAGGACCACCUGGACGGCUGCUGCAAGCGCCGCUACCUGCAGAAGAUCGAGGAGUUCGCUGAGAUGGUGGAGCAGGAGGAGGAGGACGACGCGCUGGACAGCGAGACCCGCGACAGCGAGGGCCCCGUGACUGGCGAGGGCCGCCUGAGCCGCUGCAUGCAGAGACUGCGCGACAUGGUGGAGAGGCCGCACUCGGGGCUGCCGGGCAAGGUGUUCGCCUGCCUGUCCGUGCUCUUUGUCACUGUCACCGCGGUCAACCUCUCGGUCAGUACCUUGCCCAGCCUGAGGGAGGAGGAGGAGCAGGCCUCACGUCCGCCAAGUGAGGCGACCGGGCUCGGGGCUGCGGCUCCCAACACCAUUAAUCAUCUCAGGGUCCCUCUGAGACACCGGGCUGUGGGGAUGAGCGACCCCAGACAGGUGGUGACCGCAGCUGUCCAGGAUCGUGGCUGGACCAGAGCAGAGCCGUGGACAGUGACUAGCAUGGCUUGCUUUAGCGCUGUUUUACAUGGAGAGCCAGUGAGAGGUCCUGCGGAUUGGCCAGUGUUCCCAGAUGUGCCACAACGUGUUCAUCGUGGAGUCGGUGUGCGUGGGCUGGUUCUCCCUCGAGUUCCUCCUGCGUUUCACCCAGGCGCCCAGCAAGUUUGCCUUCCUGCGGAGCCCGCUGACGCUCAUCGACCUGGUGGCCAUCCUGCCCUACUACGUCACCCUGCUGGUGGACGGCGCCGCCUCGGGCCGCCGCAAGCCCGGCUCGGGCAACAGCUACCUGGACAAGGUGGGGCUGGUGCUGCGCGUGCUGCGCGCGCUGCGCAUCCUCUACGUGAUGCGCCUGGCCCGCCACUCGCUGGGGCUGCAGACGCUGGGCCUCACGGCGCGCCGCUGCACCCGCGAGUUCGGCCUGCUGCUGCUCUUCCUGUGCGUGGCCAUCGCCCUCUUCGCCCCCCUGCUCUAUGUCAUCGAGAACGAGAUGGCCGACAGCCCCGAGUUCACCAGCAUCCCUGCCUGCUACUGGUGGGCCGUCAUCACCAUGACGACCGUGGGCUACGGAGACAUGGUGCCCCGGAGCACGCCCGGCCAGGUGGUGGCGCUCAGCAGCAUCCUCAGCGGCAUCCUGCUCAUGGCCUUCCCGGUCACCUCCAUCUUCCACACCUUCUCCCGCUCCUACCUGGAGCUCAAGCAGGAGCAGGAGCGGGUGAUGUUCCGCAGGGCCCAGUUCCUCAUCAAAACCAAGUCGCAGCUGAGCGGCAUAUCCCAGGACAGUGACAUCCUGUUCGGAAGUGCCUCCUCGGACACCAGAGACAACAGCUGAACCCAAAGCACUCCCUCGCCCUGCCCGCCACCUGCGGCUUGACGCUGCUGCCAUCUGCCAUGGGAGACUCCGAAGGGACCAGCCGCUGCUGAGCGUGGCCCAGGGCCACCCACAGCGGGGACAUCAGACCCACAGUCACAGAGGUCUAGAAGGGAAAGGCCGCUCUCCCCACCACCCCAGUGUGUCCCCCACCCCGUAAGGCAAGGGCUUAUGCUGCUCGCAUGUAAAUAGUCCGCCCCGCGAAGCUGGCUGGUGGAGCUGCCUGGAGAGACACAGCAGCAGCUACACGUGUCUGUCUUCAGAAUGGAUCGUGUUCUGGCGAAGCGGGCAGGGGAGGGAGGAAAAAAACUUGCCAUGCACAGGGCAUCCUUAAAAGAGGAACCGGAACUGGAGGGUUUGUUGCUGGGGGCACUGAGCUGCCCGGCCCCUUUGGGCUGGACGGAGAAGGUGACCAUAGACCUGUAAGAUUUGUCAGUAAAUGUGCUUUCCCUCGCUCGCCUCUUCA